AUGGUUUUGAUCAGGAGGAUUUCCAAGUCUUCUGUUUUUGUAUCACUGUGGUACACGUUUGGUGGAGGAACCGGACUGGAGUUUGGAAGUGAUGCCCGUCCCAUCCUGACGGUGCUGCCUCCCUCCAGUGAGGAGCUGCAGCAGGGGAAGGCCACGCUCAUGUGUCUGGCCAACAAGGGCUUCCCCUCAGACUGGAGUCUGUCCUGGAAGGUGGACGGCAGCAGCAGCAGCUGGGAGGAGGACAGGAGCCCCGUGGUGAUGAAGGACGGCCUCUACAGCUGGAGCAGCACCCUGAGGCUCACUGCAGACCAGUGGAGGAAGGUGUGCUCUGUGACCUGUGAGGCCACCCAGGGCUCCCAGUCUCCAGUCUCAGAGUCACUCAGGAGAGACCAGUGUUCCCAGGGAGAAAACAUACUGGACCUGGUCUACACACAGGAAAAAGCCAUUCCCCUCCCCCAUAUCGGCACCUCUGAUCACCUCACUGUGAUGCUAAUGCCAGCAUACAGACAGAGAGUGAAGGUUGUCAAACCGGUUAUGAAAGAGGUAAGAGUGUGGCCACAGGGGGCCACCUCUGCUCUUCAAGACUGCUUUGGGUCAACUGAUUGGUACAUAUUCAGGGAAGCAGCCACCUAG